AUGUCUCCUCCAUCUCAUCACACGUACGCAGAGCUCGGUUGCAGUGGUGGUGAAUCAGUUGCUUUUGGCCUCUACUUCCCCAAGAAAGAAUACCAUGAGAAUGUCUACCUUGAACAGCCAGGGGGAUCCCCUGUAGUGCAGAUCCAUGCGUUGAAAGAUUCCGAAGAGGAAGAGAUCUAUUUUUGGCUGUGCCCCCACUUCCACAUCCUGCGAGUGGGAGCCAAGGACAACCUUUGGUUUCAAAUUGGAGAGAAAACAGGACUUCUUAUUCUGAAUAAAAGUCUGGAUAGAGAAGACUUUGAUACCCUGUUUGCAGGGAGUGGGGUUUCUCUGCCAAAGCUCACCCUCCAGGUGAUCCUCUCGACCCAGCCUGUCCGAGAGAAAAAAUGCCAAGAUUCAGAGCCCAAAGCCAUGGUGAAGAUCUCCAUCAUCAACACAACCGCAACGGCUUGCAGUUCAGCAAAGGUUAGCCAGCUGUGUUUCGCCGAUAUGGAUCUCUCGUUUCAUGUCAAGGAGAACAAACCACCAGGAAUAUUUCAUCAGCUCCAGUCAUUCUCGCUGUCCUACCCGUGCCCUAAUGCAAGCGUUUCCUACCACCUGAUAGCAGAUGAAGGUCUGCCAUUUUAUUACAACAAAGAUACCACAAGUAUUGGAGUGACGCAGUCUCUGGAUCGGGAAGAAAGAGAGAAGUAUGAGCUGAUUGCAAAGUGCACGGUCAGAGAAGGCUCCGUGGAGACAUCCAGGGAGGUGCCCUUAUUUGUAAAUAUAUUUGAUGAAGAUGAUAUGCCCCCCUUCUUACCGAAUGGUACCAGCUCAACAGAUGCUGUCGUGGAAUUCAGUAGAAAAGAGGGCACCGUCCUAGCAACAGUGAUGGUCUAUGAUGCAGACACCACUCCCAUUUUCCCUGUAGAGAGUAGCAGAAAAAAGUAUACUGGCACCAUAGAUUCAUCCGAUCCAUGGAUAAAGGAAACAUUUCGAGUGGAGCACAACUUCCAUGAGAUCUAUUUCAUUCCAAAUGGUAGCCAAGUGAGGGGAACACGACACGAAUAUAAGCUGGUGUUGAACAAGAGCAUCUCAGUCACGGAAAGCCGCUCCUUCCCGCUGAAGGUUAUCGUGAACGACACAGAGUACCAGGGCCCAGACAAAACUCUGGUGCUCCACUUCAACGUUUCCAUUCUCCCCAUCAGCAUCCGGUUUUCAAAUGUGACAUACCAGUUCACAGUGAACAGAAACGCUGCCAAUUUCUCGCAAAUAGGAAGAAUCUGCAUUGAUAACUGCAUGAGGUUUCAUGGUGUCAACAUCACGUACAGCUUGCUUUCCCCAAAUGUCAGCUGCUAUGCGCUGGAGAUCGCGCAGGGCCAGGAAGACAAGUACGGAAGCCUCUACGUGAAUGAUUCCUCUGUUCUCCGGAGACCAGACUGCAAGGAAAUACAGUACCCUGUGCUAGCCAAAGAAGAGCGGAGCAGGAAGGAAGCCCAAACCCAUCUUACAAUUGUGCUUGAUGGAGCACUUAUACAUAACAGUGACGACUGCCCAGACGCUUGCGCCAUUAGCAAGACCCGAUCAGAGUGUGAAGAGUGUGGAGGCGUUGGAGUGCUCACAGGGAAAUGCCAGUGGCGACAGGGAAACGGGAAAGGGAUAACUACAAACUAUUCAACCUGCAGUCCUAGCAUCAGGACCUGUCCAGAUGGAACGUGUGAUGCUGUUGAAAGCAAGGACAAAAGAAUCUGCCCUCAGGAUUGCACAAGGACUAACAUCGUUGGUGGACACCAGAGAGGCAUUCUUGGAACUGGAAUUAAGGCGGGACAUGGAGUUUGUCACUGCUUUCCAGGAAUAAGCUGUUAUUGCGAGAAAAAUGAUAUCAGAGAGCCGUUGUGCAACGACAUGUGCAAAACUGUGAUUGCUGGGGGUGUCCUGCUGUCCUUCAUCAUUUCAGUGCUCCUGUCUUCCUACUUUGUCCAUCGCUAUCACAAGAAUUCUCCAAAGCCGCCUAUCGCCUCUGCGGAAAUGACCUUCCGGCGCCCAGCCCAGUCCUACCCGAUAAGCUACUCGUCUUCUAACGUCCGCCGACCAUCAAUGGACUCUGAGAACCAAAUGUCAGUAGACACCUUUAAAAUAACAGAGGACCCAAAGUGGGAAUUUCCACGGAAGAAUCUGGUGCUUGGCAAAACACUCGGAGAAGGAGAAUUUGGCAAGGUCGUCAAGGCGACCGCGUUCAGGCUGAAGGGGAAGGCUGGCUACACCACGGUGGCAGUCAAGAUGCUCAAAGAAAAUGCUUCCCCAAGUGAACUCAGAGAUCUGUAUUCUGAGUUCAACCUUUUGAAACAAGUCAACCAUCCACAUGUCAUCAAACUUUAUGGUGCAUGCAGCCAAGACGGGCCUUUGUACUUAAUAGUGGAAUAUGCUAAAUAUGGGUCCUUGCGGAGUUUUCUGAGGGAAAGCCGGAAAGUUGGACCCAGCUACGUGGGAAGUGAUACGAACAGGAAUUCCAGCUACUUGGACAAUCCAGACGAGCGAGCCUUAACCAUGGGGGAUCUGAUCUCGUUUGCAUGGCAAAUAUCCCGUGGGAUGCAGUACCUUGCAGAAAUGAAGCUUGUACAUCGUGAUUUAGCAGCCAGAAAUGUCUUAGUAGCAGAAGGACGUAAAAUGAAGAUUUCUGAUUUCGGCCUGUCGCGAGAUGUUUAUGAAGAAGACUCUUAUGUGAAGAGAAGCAAGGGCCGGAUACCUGUGAAAUGGAUGGCGAUAGAAUCUCUCUUUGAUCACAUCUACACAACGCAAAGCGACGUGUGGUCCUUUGGUGUCCUGCUGUGGGAGAUUGUCACCCUGGGAGGCAAUCCGUAUCCAGGCAUUGCACCUGAGAGAUUGUUUAACCUCUUAAAAACAGGCUAUAGAAUGGAGAAGCCAGAAAACUGCAGUGAGGAGAUGUACAAUUUGAUGCUUCGCUGCUGGAAACAGGAGCCAGAUAAGAGGCCAACGUUUGCCGAAAUCAGUAAAGAGUUAGAGAAAAUGAUGGUGAAGAGUAGGGACUAUUUAGACCUUGCAGCUUCCACGCCUUCGGACUCCCUGCUUUACGAUGAUGGACUCUCCGAAGAAGAGACGCCCCUUGUGGAUUGUAAUAACGCUCCCCUCCCUCGAACCCUUCCUUCCACAUGGAUUGAAAACAAACUCUAUGGCAUGUCAUACCCGAACUGGCCUGAGGAGAGCCCCGUUCCGCUCACAAGAUGCGAUGGCCCUAAAUCUGGGUUUUCAAGAUAUGCAAAUGAUAGUGUAUAUGCUAACUGGAUGGUUUCACCCUCAGCGGCAAAAUUUAUGGACAAGUUUGAUAGUUAA